CUACGCGACAGGAAGUUGCCUUAAAUAACAAGAACGGAAACUGAAUUCAUCCUUUAAAAAAAAAAGAAAAGAAAAUGGAUUAAAAAAUAUUUUUUGCAAGUAUUGUUGUUGCUUUUUGGAGGUGUGUCGGGCUUCCGGAGCAGCUAUGAUGUCUAACACGGCGAGGAGCGGCGACAUCAUCCACCUGAACGUCGGAGGGAAGAGGUUCAGCACCUCCAGACAGACGCUCACAUGGGUUCCUGACUCGUUUUUCUCCAGUCUUCUGAGUGGUCGGAUCUCGACGUUAAAAGAUGAAACCGGAGCUAUCUUCAUCGACAGGGACCCCUCCCUGUUCGCUCCCAUCCUCAACUUCCUGCGGACCAAAGAGCUGCACCCCCGCUCCAUCAGCGUGCACAUGCUCAUGCACGAGGCCGAGUUCUACGGCAUCACGCCUCUCGUGCGGAAGCUGCAGCUGUGUGACGAGCUGGACCGAUCGUCCUGUGGAAACGUGUUGUUCAACGGAUACCUGCCUCCACCUGUGUACCCGGCGAAGCGUCUGAACCGUCACAGCGUUGCGGGGUCGCAGUUCAUGGCGGGACGAUCGGCGACGGCAGAGAGAGUACCGGUCAGACGCAGCAACACGAUGCCUCCAAACCUCGGCAACUCUGGGAUACUGGGCCGAGCCGUCACUGAGGAGAGGACGUGUGGAGCUCCGUUAUCAGAUCCUGGGAUGGUUCGUAUCAUCUGUGGUCAUCAUAACUGGAUCGCUGUGGCCUACGCUCAGUUUGUCGUCUGUUACAGGGUGAAGGAGUCCACCGGGUGGCAGCAGGUCUUCACCUCUCCUCGUCUCGACUGGGUGAUCGACCGAGUCGCGCUCAACGCCAAGGUGAUGGGCGGCUCGCUGGGAGACAACGACAAGAUGGUGGCCGUCGCCUCGGCAACCGACAUCAUCCUGUGGGCCAUCUGCCCCGACGGCAACGGGAAUGAAAUCGGUGUGUUCAGCCUCAACGUGCCCGUGGAGGCGCUCUUCUUCGUUGGUAACCAGCUGAUCGCCACCAGCCACACGGGGAAGGUCGGGGUGUGGAACGCCGUCACCAAACACUGGCAGAAUCAGGACGUGGUUCCCAUCAGCAGCUACGACACCGCUGGCUCCUUCCUCAUCCUAGGCUGCAACAACGGAUCCAUCUAUUAUAUCGACGUGCAGAAGUUCCCUCUGAGGAUGAAGGAUAACGACCUGCUGGUGACGGAGCUCUACAGAGACCCGACUGAAGACGCCAUCACUGCUCUCAGCGUCUACCUCACUCCUAAAACCAGUGACAGCGGGAACUGGAUCGAGAUCGCGUACGGGACGAGCUCGGGGACGGUCCGAGUCAUCGUCCAGCACCCGGAGACGGUGGGCUCGGGGCCGCAGCUGUUCCAGACCUUCUCCGUCCACCGGAGCCCCGUCACCAAGAUCAUGCUGUCAGAGAAACACCUGAUCUCAGUGUGCGCUGAUAACAACCAUGUGCGUACGUGGACGGUGACGCGGUUCAGAGGGAUGAUCUCCACUCAGCCCGGUUCCACUCCGCUCACGUCCUUCAAGAUCCUCAGUCUGGACGACGUGGACGGACACGGAGGCUGCAGCGCCGGGACGGAGAUCGGGCCGUACGGAGAGAGAGACGACCAGCAGGUUUUCAUCCAGCGAGUCGUUCCAGACACCGACAAACUCUACGUCAGGCUGUCGUCCAAUGGGAAGAGGGUGUGUGAGGUGCGCUCCGUGGACACCACCUCCAUCACGGCCUUCAUGGUUCACGAGUGCGAAGGUUCGAGUCGCAUCGGCUCUCGGCCGCGGCGCUACCUGUUCAGUGGCCAUGGCAACGGCAGCAUCCAGAUGUGGGACCUGACGACCGCCAUGGAGAUCGCCGGCAAAGUCGACAUCAGAGCGCUGGGCGGGCCGACGGAGGAGGAGCUGCUGGAGCUGCUGGACCAGUGUGACCUCGCUCUGACCCGAACACCUGACAGCACACCGAGGGCCUCCACCUGCAGUCUGGUGUCUCAGCUGAGCGACGGCAUUCGGGCGGAGCGUCUCCACUCAGCAGGACGAGGAGGCGGAGCUUCAGGUUCCUCUGCUUCUCUGUGCGGCAGCCUCCCUCGCCAAGCCCCGCCCCCCCUUCCCUUCACCAAACCUGUCCGAGACGCCGGCCUGUCAGCUGGCCCCGGCCUGCAGCCCCUCACCAUCCCCGGCCCCGCCUACUCUCACAGCUCUAGCUCCUCCCCCAGCCCCCGCCCCCCCCGCCACCAGGAGCCGUGGGGGUCUGUGCGCAGGGGCAGCUUUGUGGAGCGCUGCCAGGAGCUCGCUAAGGGCUCGGAGGCGGCGACGAGCUCGGGGUUCGUGGUUCCGGCGGGGUCGGAGGGCGUGAGGCGGAGCUUAGCGGUGUGCAGCGAGUUAGAGGCCAGAUUCGGCAUGCGGACCCCCACCACCUUCUCUGUGUCGCCGGGUGCUCGCCAUCCCACCGGGACGCCUUCAUCGUUGUCGUCCUCGCCGCUGUCGGGGUCUUCGUCGCUCCGCAGGACGGCGCCCACCUCCCCAACCGCCCCCGCCCCCCCUCCCCCCCCGGCUAUGAGCCCCACCCGCUCUCAGACGACGGCCUCUCCUCGCCGCAGUCCCGCUGCGCCUCCUGCUGACGUCCCAGCGCCUCCUGAGAGUCCGGCGAGCCCCGACAGCCCUCCCGCCGCCGCUGCCGCCCCCCCCACUAGCCCCAAACCACAUUUGAACGAGACCAGCUUCUGAUUGGCUGACGGGACUGAGCGCGUGUGGAGAGUUAUCGCCUGUUUGGAUUCCUGUCGUCACGUGAAACGCCUUAAAACUUGCUCUGAAUGAACAGCCAAUCGGCCGUCUCACAGAGCUCUGUUGCUAUGGAUACCACAAGCUUCCAGUGGAUGACAUCACUACUAACACACGACGACGACGUCUGGCGAUCAGUUUUAUUUAAGCUGCAUUAAUCAAUAUAUUUAUAUCAUCAAUUAAUCAAAUGUGAAAGGGCUCGUUAAGUCACGCCCCCUCCUUAGUUACCGUUGCUAACCAGACUUCCUGUUGUCUCUUCAGUUUAACAUCAAAACAGAAUCAGCUGAUCGGUUCUGUCGGUUCUAUCACAGAGGGGAAGAAACGGCUGUUCUUGUGCUUCUUGAACGAGCUCGUUAGUCCUCGUUAACGAGCUCGUUACUCGUUAGCUGGUUUCUUUAUGACAGUAAACUGAACGUCUUCUUGGACUUCGGGAAUCACUGAUCCACGUUUUCUGGACCAAACAACUGAUCGAUUAAUCAAUAAAAUAAUUGAUUAAUCAUUAACGACAUUAAUCGUUAGUUAUGACUUUUUAUUGACCUGCUGAUGCUCGUUAUGGUUGCUAAGCGACUGGGAUUUAGCAGAUAAUUAACAGUCGCUGACUCUUUUAGCUCCUGGUUCCGAUAAAAGUUUAUUUUUUUAAUUUGUUAAAUUCUGUGAUGAAGGAAAAUCA